CCCUUCUUCCCCAUCCAUCCACAACUCUCUCUCGUCCCUCCCCCUUGUCCCCCUCUUCCUCUAGAGUCUAACCCAGAAAAGAGGAAAGAGUCGAUGGAGAUGGCCAUCGACACGCCAUCGCCGUCGCCACCCACGCCGCCGACGCCUCCGGCGGCGGCGGGUCGGCAGACACGCGCGGCGGAGUCGGUGCGGCUGGAGCACCAGCUGGUGCGCGUGCCCCUGGAGGCCCUCCGGUCCACCGUCCGAUCCAACCACCGCCUCGCCGAGAAGGAGAUCGCCGCCGCCCUUUCCUCCGCCUCCGUCGCCCCCGCCGAGAGCAGCGCCGCCGCUGUCGACCACCUCACCUCCCUCGUCUCCCGCCUCCACGGCCUCAAGCGCAAGAUGGAGGAGGGUGCGCGGGCGGAGGAGCUGCAGGUGCAGAGGUGCCGGGCUCGUCUGGACCGGUUGGCGACAGCCAGCACCGGCGACGAUGCCGAGUGGGAGGACCUGCGGCUGAAGCGGAUCCUGGUCGAUUACAUGCUUCGGAUGUCCUACUAUGAUUCCGCCACCAAGCUAGCUGAGACUUCUGGUAUUCAGGACCUUGUUGAUAUUGAUGUUUUCCAGGAUGCAAAAAGGGUAAUUGAUUCUCUUCAGAACAAUGAAGUUACUCCUGCUUUAGCUUGGUGUGCAGAAAACAAGUCUCGGUUAAAGAAAUCAAAGAGUAAGCUCGAGUUUUUACUGAGGCUUCAAGAGUUUGUGGAAUUUGUCAAGGCUAAGAAUUGCAUACAGGCUAUAGCAUAUGCUCGGAAAUACCUUGCUCCCUGGGGGUCUAAUCACAUGAAAGAAUUGCAGCGUGUUACUGCAACAUUGGUUUUUAGAAGCAAUACGAAUUGUGCUCCUUACAAGAUACUGUUUGAGCAAGACCGCUGGGACUUUCUUGUUGACAUGUUCAAGCAAGAUUUUUGCAAGUUGUAUGGCAUGACACUAGAGCCACUCCUGAACAUAUACCUGCAAGCAGGCCUGACAUCUCUCAAGACCCCAUUCUGCUCCAAGGGUAGCUGCCCUAAAGAAGACCCUUUGUCCCUGGAGGGUUUCAGGAAACUAGCUGAGCCCCUGCCUUUCUCGAAGCAGCACCACUCGAAGCUCGUCUGCUACAUCACCAAGGAGCUCAUGGACACCGAGAAUCCACCACGGGUUCUGCCGAACGGCUAUGUCUACAGUGAGAAGGCUCUUCAAGAGAUGGCCAAGAAAAACGAUGGCAAGAUCACAUGCCCCAGGACAGGAGAGGUUUGCGACUUCUCUGAGUGCGUCAGGGCCUUCAUCUCGUAAUUGUGAACAACCCUGUUUUAUGUGACUCGGGAGUCCGAGUCAAUGUACAUAGAAUGGUCCGCACAUUGUGCGUCAUGUUAAGUUAAUUGAGUUAACCUGCAAAGUUAAACUGAUUGGAAGUUGGAACCACCUCUUCUGUCCCUCAGAUUGUUGCAUUUGUGAACCUGCAAUCUUCAUGCUUCAA